CGCCCCUUCCCAUUUCAUUUCCCCUUCGAUCUCUCUUUUACCCCUCGCUGCGCUUUCUUCGAUCAAUCGACCGUAGCUCGGAGCUCCUCCUCCUCCUCUUCAUCAUCGGCUGCUUCAUCUUCGACCAUGCUUAAAGUGAGCGUUAAAUGGCAAAAGGAGGUCUUCCCAGAUGUCGAAAUCGACACCAGCCAGCCACCUUAUCUUUUCAAGGUCCAGUUAUAUGAUCUAACGGGAGUCCCACCUGAGAGGCAGAAGAUCAUGGUUAAGGGUGGUUUGUUAAAGGAUGAUGCCGACUGGAGUACAUUAGGAGUCAAGCAGGGCCAAAAAUUGAUGAUGAUGGGAACUGCAGAUGAGAUAGUGAAGGCCCCAGAAAAGGGUCCUGUAUUCAUGGAAGAUCUUCCAGAGGAAGAACAAGCUAUUGCAGUGGGUCAUAGUGCAGGUUUAUUCAACUUAGGAAACACCUGCUACAUGAACUCUACCGUUCAAUGCCUGCAUUCAGUUCCAGAAUUGAAGUCUGCUUUGCUUCAGUAUACCCAAUCUGGAAGAAGGAAUGAUUUGGAUCAACCUUCUCACAUGUUGACUGUUGCAACCCGUGAUCUGUUCAGUGAGCUUGAUAAAACUGCCAAACCAGUUGCACCGAUGCAAUUUUGGAUGUUGUUGCGGAAAAAGUAUCCUCAAUUUGGCCAGCUACAUAAUGGUGUCUUCAUGCAGCAGGAUGCUGAAGAAUGCUGGACUCAACUACUAUACACCCUUUCUCAGUCCCUUAGAUCACCAGGUGCCAAUGAGAAUCCAGAUACCAUGAAGGAACUUUUUGGAGUUGAACUUGUUAGCAGGACGCAUUGCCAAGAAAGUGGUGAAGAAAGUUCAGAAUCGGAGACAGUUUAUUCACUUAAAUGCCAUAUAUCACAUGAUGUGAACCAUUUGCAUGAAGGGCUAAGACAUGGGUUGAAAUCAGAAUUGGAGAAGGCUUCCCCAUCCCUGGGGCGGAGUGCAAUUUAUUUGAAAGAGUCUCGUAUCAAUGGCUUACCAAGAUACUUGACCAUUCAAUUUGUUCGUUUUUUCUGGAAAAGGGAGUCGAAUCAGAAGGCCAAGAUAUUGCGGAAAGUAGAUUAUCCGUUGGAGUUGGAUGUUUAUGAUUUUUGUUCAGAUGAUUUACGGAAAAAGUUGGAAGCUCCUCGCCAGCGCCUUAGGGAUGAAGAAGGAAAAAAGCUUGGUCUGAAAGCAGCAGAGAAGAGCUCUACUUCAAAAGACAAUGACGUGAAGAUGUCUGAUGCCGAGGGUUCGUCAAAGGUAGCUGGGGGAUUGUCUUUAACUACUUCCCAGGAUGGUGCCCCAGUUGAGGAGAAACAGUUGACUGGAAUUUAUGAUUUGGUUGCUGUAUUGACCCACAAGGGCCGGAGUGCUGAUUCAGGACAUUAUGUUGCUUGGGUCAAGCAAGAAAGUGGUAAAUGGAUUUUGUUUGAUGAUGACAAUCCUAUUCCUCAGCGGGAAGAGGACAUUACAAAACUGUCUGGAGGAGGUGACUGGCAUAUGGCGUACAUAUGCAUGUACAAGGCUCGAGUUGUUCCCAUGUGAUUCUUUCAUUUAUUUUCUGCCGUCUAAUGCUUGAUACUGAGCAUCUUUGGAUUCAUAAAUUAUUGUCUAGAAAAACUUUUGUGGCAGCUGUUGAGAACUGUGAAAAUAGCUGUAAAAAGUCUUUGACAGUCUCUGUCUGUUUGUACCUUGCGAAGUGUGGCUCUGUUUGGCCAUGUAGCAUUUCACACUUCUCAGAGAGGGGAAUGUUGGAAAUAUCGGACUCCAAACUCA